AUGCCUCGCGCCAACGAUACCGCUCACAAGGUCUUCUACAAGGGCAAGUCUGAGGACUUCAUUGUCUUCGUUGACGACCUUGACAUCCUGCAGAAGUGGAAGACCGACCGCAGCAUCGCCCUGGCUGAUGUUUUGAACGGCUGGAAGAUUCUGGUCUCUCACAGCCACGGUGCUCAGGGUAUCCUGGACACUGCCAGCAAAGCUGCUCUUCAGAAUGAGUUCGGUACCUCCAACGAAGAUGAGGUCAUGGCUAAGAUCCUCGAGGGUGGAGAAUACCAAUCCAACACCAACCGUGAGCGUGAGGGCAGCAAGAACGACUCCAAGGGCACCAACAUCGGCCGGUAA